AUGGAAGGGGAGAUAGCUCAGGAAUCAGCAAAAAUUCCUUUGGCCAGUUUGAGUCCCAGUAGUGGGUGUUUGUAUGCUGAGGUGAGGUUUAGUGAGCAGUUUUGUCGCCUAUUAGUUGAUUCAGGAUAUCCAGUGUCCAUACUGUCACUUAAGGAGUUCCAUAGAUUAGGAUUGUCGGUCGCAUCACUACACAAGGCUGACACCAGUCUAACAGCAGCUGAUGGUAGAGGUUUAGAGGUUCAAGGGGAGAUAAUUUUGUCAUUCAAAGUUGGGAAUUUGACCUUUGAGCAUGGGUUUAUAGUUGCUUCCCUUGAUAACCUACCCGGAAUCUUAGGUGUGAAUUUUCUGGAGAAAUACAGAUGUGAAUUGUUGAUAGGUAAACAGACCCUCAGGACCUCAGUAGGCAAGAUUAAGCUGUUUAAACAAUGGACUAGUAACUGUGCUAGGAUAAGAUUAUCUAGGAAGGAUGUGGUUCCCGCUCAGUCAGAACAACUUGUUGAAUGUAAAACAUCUGGGUGUUUCACAAACACCCUUAGCUGGAGAAACCAAUGUCUAUUUAUAGCUCGGAGUCUUGUACAACCUACAGAAGGCAAGGUCGUGGUAUCAGUUGUUAAUCUCGGGGAUAAGGGUGUAGGGUUGGCCUCAGAUUCCGUCUUAGGGACAGUGAAUGCAGUAGAUGAGGUUGUUGGGUUAGAUGAUUCCAGUACCCUCCCACAAGGAACUUCAGAUCCGAACAUAGAGUGCCCCACACAUCUACAGACAUUACUCGACAGGAGUUCAAGCCAGUUGACCCAGCCACAGAUAGAGUCAGUGACUAGUCUUUUACAUGAAUUCCAGGAUAUUUUUGUAGAUGAUAGUGGAACUCUUGGGCAGACAGAUGUCACGACCCAUAAAAUUGAAACUCAUGAUGCCAAACCCAUUAAGGUUCCCGCACGUAGAGUUCCUUAA